AUGAGGUUCCAACUCUCGUCGCUACUUGUCGGCAUCGCUGCCGCUGUAGUAUCUGCCCAAGAUGUCCCGCAGACUGGACCGUUCGCCCUCCACAUAACAGGAAAAGAAGGCAGCUCUAUCGACGGAUAUGCCGGCUCGUGCCAUGCUGGUGCUGCCAUUGAGGGAUUGUGCUACAAUGCUGGAGCGCUUCCCGACGGUAUUUCCUUCCAGUACUACUUCAACGCUUCUAGUUACACCAAGGUCGACGAUAACGACGUCGGCACGCUUGUGUGGAAGCUCCCUUACAACGACGGAAGCGGCAACCAAGCUACUGUGGAUCAAGCUCUAGGACUCCAGUUCGCUGUGAACAGCAACGUCGCUUCGCUGCUGUUUGGCUUAUCCAACUACUACUUCAAUGUUGGUUUCGACAAGGACAGCAAACUAUUCGGCUGGACCUACAUCGACGACUCAACCUUCACCCCCGGAACGAAUCCAUUCCCCAGCGGUAACGGAACGGCAUACUAUCAAUGGUAUGUGUGCUGGCAAUACUUUACUAGCUACUACUACCAGUCAGUUGGAUGGACCUCAACCGGGGCGCCUCACAACCCAACUUGCGAGCCCGUUGAUAUUACCCAAGAGUUCCCCUCAUCUUCCUAA